AUGAGCUGGGGGCUUCAUCGAGCUGAUAGGGACGCUCCGAGCAGCUGCACCGCUUUGCUCCUGAUCCAAGACAGCAAGCAGCUGGUCCAAGGGGCUGGGUGCCACCGGCCCCAUGCCAUUGAACCGGGCCUGAUCAGGCCGGGGCGGCAGCGGCAGGCCCGCGCCGCCUCCGCGGCGCUGCUGCUGCUGCUGCUGCUGCUGCUGCUGCUGCUGCUGCUGCUGCUGCUGCUGUGCCCGCUGCUGGUGCUGCUCCUGGCGUCGCCAGCGCUGGUGCCAGCGCCGCUGCAGCCUCUCAUGCUCUUCCUCCUCCUGCUCGUCCUGGUCGCGCUGCUUGCGCUGGUGCUGACGCCGCUUGGGCUGCUUCUGCUCCUGCUGCUGCUGCUGCUCCUGCUGGUGCUGGUGCUGCUGCUGCUGCUGCUGGUGGUGGUUGUGGCGCGGCGGCUGCUGGUGGUGGAGGUGGUGGCGCGGCAGCGGUUGCUGUAUGUGCUGCGGCUCCUGCUUGAGUGGCUGGCUGUGCUGCGGCACCUGCGGUUGCAGCGGCUGCGCCAAAAUGCACUGUCCCUGCGCCUGCAGCAGCAACGCCUGCGUGGGCAGCAACGGAGGCAGGAAUAG